AUGGCACCAACAUCACUUUUGGCCAUAACUCUUGCCUUAGCCAUCUCCAUCCAAGGCACUCUUGGCGACAUCCACUGCGAAGACCUGAACGAGAACUCGUGCGCAUUCGCAGUCUCGUCCACGGGCAACCGUUGCGUGCUCGAGAGCCGCAGCUUCCUGCGGAAGCUUGGGUCUUCGGACGAGUACACAUGUCGCACGUCCGAGAUCACGGCAUCCAACCAGCUCACCAACUACAUCGAGACUGAGGAGUGCGUCACCGCAUGUGGGGUCGACAUGAGGGCACUCGGCAUCUCCUCUGACUCCCUCCUCGACCGCAACUUCGUCGACAAGUUCUGCUCCGAGCCGUGCUACAAAAACUGCCCCAACAUCGUCGACCUCUACUUCAACCUAGCCGCCGGAGAAGGUGUGUACAUUCCAAAAUUCUGCGAGAUGCAGCGCUCGGGCGCACGGCGUGGGAUGCUCGAGCUCAACAGCUUUCAAACCGAAGAAAUUUACUUGACUGAGGGCCCGAGCCCAGCCCCAGCCCCAGGCCCGGCCCUUUAUUGA